CUCGCGGAGGGCUGCCGCGUCCGCGUCCUCGCGACGGGCGACAAGGCCACCGUGCGCUACGUGGGGCCCGUGGACUACACGCGGGGCACCAUGGUGGGCGUCGAGCUCGACCACGACCGGGGCCGCAACAGCGGCGUCGUCAAGGGCAAGGAGUACUUCGAGUGCGCGCCGAAGCGCGGCCUCAUGGUGAACCCGUCGGAGGUC